CACCAUUUAGAAGCAUUCAUCAGCGUGCGCGGUUCCUGCGCAUUAACGCCCACAACAAGCUUCGAGAAUCUAGCCACUUCUAACAACAGGGAGGGUUGCCUCGGACAGCAGAGAGAGGAUAUCUCAAGGAGUUGAAGGACCAAACGACAACAUGCCUGGUCCAGGAGGUGGUGGGCACGGCGGGGGGCAUGGCGGAGGCCACGGCGGAGGGCCGGGAGGGCCAGGAGGGUGGGGAGGGCCACACCACGGUCCGGGAGGACCACCGCUCGGCUUGUGCUGCUGCUGCGGUCCCAUCCACGACUUGUGCUUCUGCCUGCGACGCACCUUCUGUUGCAUCAUCACGUGUGGGCUGGCGGAGUGUUUCUGCCCCCGCCGCCCCCCGGGGGGGCCGCACGGCCAGCCGCUGAUUUGAUCGGAGAGCUGAGCCAAGAAAUUGGUUUGGGAAUCACCACCAGCCGCCAGCAGCUCCUCGAUGGCUCCUCCUGCUGCCAACGCGUCCUCAGACGAAGCCGCAGGAACUGCAGCAAGUAGUACUACCGUUGGCAGUGGCGAGGCGGCCUCGGAACCAACAUGCGCCAAGGUUGUGUGUGUGCGCCCAUACCUCGCCUGUCGUGUUUUUCUUUUCGUCCUGUCCAUACAGCUCCGGAUGUGGCUCAAGCGGGCGAAAAAUAUAUAUGGACCGAAUGCUUCCCACGCCGGCCCCGGCCCCCCACCAACAAACGUCGCUCGUCCUCGGCCACUUCAACUAAGAGGCAUAGCGGUUGGUCAUUGCUCAUUUCGUGUUUUGUUCAGUUUUUUGUGCGAGGCGUUUUUGAUCGAGUCAGGCUAGUCAUGUCCAGGCAGGUAUGAAGUACCUCGCUCUCCGCUGGAAUGCGAAUUUUUGGAAACGUGUGUCGACUUUGAAAGAAGGGUAAAAAUAAAGGUUUGACGUCGCGCUUUGUUAUGAGUUGAUGGCUGAUGGGAGAGGUGCUUCAAGCGGGGCAUGGGGCAUUGGGGGCUGCGCUGUCGUCGCAACCCCCCCUCCCUCCCUCUGCGCUUCCCUCUAAUAACGGGCGGCGGCUGAUUUCGUUAGCUGUUCUUCAGCGCCCCCGAGGUCUGCUCGUGUGGACGGAGCUUCCUACGCGCAUUCAGCGCGUUUGUGAGUGACGCUACAGCAGGCACGAGUAGCUAACGUUGUGGUAAGAUCGGUGUUGUUGUACGUGCCAUUUGUUUUUCACAAGUGUGACAAAGUGCGCUCCUAACACACAACCGUUUCCCGUUUUUUCGGGGGCAGGGGUCGCCAUAGAGGCAGUCAAUGGUAAUUCCCUUCCUUGGAACAAAAGCUUGGGAGCUUAGACUCCCGUACCUCUUUUCUGGCGGAGGUUUCAGGCCCAAUACCUCCCAAGCGCACGAUUUCGAUAAUUUGUUUUUGUUGUGUGUUGUAUCUUGUCGGGAAAAGCAGCUUGCCCGAAAAGCGGCCGACACUUGCGGAGUUGACGUUGAAAAGGACCACAGUGUAGUCUGUCCCAGCCAGCACGAUGAGGUGUCGUUUGUUCUUGAGACGUGAGGGAAUGUUGGUGUUUGCUCCUUAUUUAGCACCAGGAAGGAAAAGAAACUCCUCUACACUUGUAUCUGAAAUAGCAGCCCGAGAGCCCCGGCCUCAACUGAGAAGCCCCUUAAUUUUUGCCGACGGGCUCACAAAUGGAAGGGUCGUCUAAAGAGAGAAACCCCGAAAAUGUGUCACGCCCAGGAACAUAAGGGGCGUAGAUGAGUGCUCUCGCAUGCGCAUUACAUGUGGAAGAAGAGAUUAGAGACAGAAAAAUACACGCUCUCCGUCUUAUACCACGAGCUCUAGAACCAGUAAGGAAGAAAACUACCCUACAUUGCUGCGUCUGAAACAAACAUCUUUCACAGACUGGGGUGCUUCUCGAUUGCUAUUGUCUUUCGUUGUCUUCCACACAGCCUCAAGGCCGAUUCAGCAACCAACGGGCGGCACGCGCGUCAGGCAGCGGUCGUUGUGACAACGCGAAGUCACUGCCUUACGG